AUGUCUGGCCUUGAAGUGGCCGGUGUCGUCCUCAGCACUUUUCCACUCAUCAUCGACGGUGGGAAGCUAGUGCGGGGUUAUCUUCAGGUGACAAAGUUCUGGUGGAAGUUUUCAUCACAAUUCUCCGACUUUAUCUCUGCCGUCGAAGAUGAACUCAUUGCAUUUCGACAGAACGUGGAGCUUCUCUUACGACCUUUGGCCUUGGAUGCCGCCACAGAACCUCUUGAACAACGCGCAUUCGAGAGGAUGGCACGAUUCAAAGCUCCGAUCGAUGCUGAGGCUCGACUUGGCAGAGAAAAGUUGGUGUGGUUCAUGGAAAAGCUUCGCCGUCUGAACCAAAUUCUGGAAGAGAUUUGUACUCUGUUGAUUCCCAUACAAGACGGAAAGAUUCACAUCCCACGUUCGGGGACUGUUGAUUUUGCAAUUCUGAGACUGGCUCUUCACAAAAAGCGGGAUCUGAUGAAAGAAGUAACCACGAUAAACACACAAAUCAGCCGAUUUCUUGAGGCGGACCUUCGUAUAGCGCAAGCCACAUUGCUUGCGCCAGCUACCAUGGGCAAGGAGGAGUGGAAGGCAUGCCUAGCUGCCACGGCUCCUUAUCUUGACAUGCAGUCUAAGACGGCUCAGCUCUACAGGGCUUUUCGACCUGAAAGUUGGCUUUGCAGGUGUCAAACUCUUCAUCCGUGUGGGAUAGCUACGGUCUGGUCGGAUCACCACGCAAAACAGCCAGGAAGGGGGGCUAUCGACCUGUUUCUGGGUUCAAAUGAGCCACCAAACAUGCCUGUGGAAGUAGGCGUCGAAGUCUCUGCUGGAGUGGACUCUACCUGUGAUGGGAGCGGCAAUGCUGAGCCCUUGUUCGAUCAGGUGGCAGACCUAACCGCUCGUAUACGGCUGGAUGCCGGGUUCGAGAUGCAUAUCAAGGCAGGGAAACAGCAGAAUUCCAUGGUGCUCGCACUAUCGAGCUUCCAAACCGCGGUAAAUCCACGUCAAUCCAUCAUAGACCCCAUCUGGAUGCCUAGGAAAACGGCAAAGCUCGCAAAACCAGAUUCGGCACAACGCCAUGCAGUACCCAAACUUCCUGAGGCAGCAUCGCCUGUCCCAAAGAAGCUCCGAGUUGGUUGCAACCUCCUGAAAAAUCCCAUAUCUGUGCUGGAGCAACAUGGAGACACCAUUCACUAUGAGGACAACACAAUCACUCUAAGUGCUAAACGACAACAUCCAAGUGAGACAGGAUCCUCAUUAAAGUCAAGUAUACAAACACUAGUGGACUUUCGCAAGUCAGCCUCCCUUCUUCUCAGCGAGCGUAUUCGCAUAGGCAUCAAGCUUGCCUACACCAUUCUCGGACUGGGAACAUCCGCCUGGAUCCCCCAAGCCUGGGAUGAUCGCGAUGUCCAGGUGGUCAGAAAUACACCCCCCACGGUUUACUUCCACCACGCUUCUAUCCGCUCGGCACUGGAGCGACAAGUGGCCAACUCCAGAGAACACGCACAGAUGACUAUUUUCACACUUGGAACGACUCUCCUCCAGCUCCUCUUUCAGGAACGCAUCGAAGACCAACCCUACUACAAAGCUCACUGUAACUCCGAUGGGUCGGUGAAUGAUUGGACACAUUGGCGGGCGGCGCAGGAGUGGCAGGAGGAGGUGGAAAUGAUACAUGGGCCGGAGCUGGCGGACGUCAUUGCGAGGUGUGUCGGUGUCAACUUUGUCGCCACACCAGACCUGGGGAAAGCCGAGUUCGUUCAAGAGGUGUUGAUUUCUGUGAUCGAACCGUUGGAGAAGUACGUUAAGCAUUUUUGA